AUGGCAAUUAAAAAGCAGAAGAAAUCUACGGAGAAUAUAAAUGCUAGGCUUGCUAUGGUAAUGAAAAGUGGCAAGUAUUGCUUAGGUUAUAAGCAGACUUUGAAAACGUUGCGGGCUGGCAAAGUCAAGCUGGUUAUUAUUGCUAAUAAUACACCACCUCUCAGGAAAAGUGAGAUUGAAUAUUACGCGAUGCUGGCGAAAACAGGAGUUCAUCAUUAUAACGGAAAUAAUAUUGAAUUGGGGACUGCUUGUGGAAAAUUGUUCCGAGUAUGCACUUUAUCAAUAACUGAUGCAGGAGAUUCUGAUAUUAUCAGGAGUAUGCCGUCUGAAACUGCAUGA